CCCGGAGACGCCCGCGCGCCCCGGCGGGGCCAUGCCGGGGCUGCGCCGGGACCGCCUGCUGACUCUGCUGCUGCUGGGCGCGCUGCUGUCCGCCGACCUCUACUUCCACCUCUGGCCCCAGGUGCGGCGCCAGCUGCGGUCCCGGGAGCACCCGCGGGGCUGCCCGUGCGCCCGCCGCGCCUCGUCCCCCGCGCCGGACUCCGCCGCCGCCUCCCCGGCCCCCCGCGCGGCGGCGCGCAACUUUUCCCGAGCGGGGCCCGGCACUGAGCGGCACGGCGGCCGCGGCUCCAAGCUGCAGGCCCUCUUCGUCCACCCGCUGUACCGCGUCCCGGAGGAGCCACCGCUCCUCGGGCCCGAGGACUCGCUCCUGGCCAGCCAGGAGGCGCUGCGGUACUACCGGAGGAAGGUGGCCCGCUGGAACAGACGACACAAGAUGUACAAAGAGCAGCUCAACCUCACCUCCUUGGACAUUCCACAGCAGCUCCGACUUGAGGCCAGCUGGGUCCAGUUCCACCUGGGGAUCAGCCGCCACGGGCUGUACUCCCGGUCCAGUCCUGUCGUCAGCCAACUUCUCCAGGACAUGAGGCGCUUUCCCACCAUCAGUGCUGAUUACAGUCAGGACGAGAAGGCCUUGCUUGGGGCAUGUGACUGCACCCAGAUUGUGAAACCCAGCGGGGUCCACCUCAAGCUGGUUCUGAGGUUCUCAGACUUCGGGAAGGCCAUGUUCAAACCCAUGAGACAGCAGCGAGAUGAAGAGACACCCGCGGACUUCUUCUACUUCAUAGACUUCCAGAGACACAAUGCCGAGAUCGCAGCUUUCCACCUGGACAGGAUUCUGGACUUCCGACGGGUGCCACCCACAGUGGGGAGGCUAGUCAAUGUCACCAAGGAAAUCCUAGAGGUCACCAAGAAUGAAAUCCUGCAGAGUGUUUUCUUCGUCUCUCCAGCCAGCAACGUGUGUUUCUUUGCCAAGUGCCCGUACAUGUGCAAGACCGAAUACGCCGUGUGUGGCAACCCGCACCUGCUGGAGGGCUCCCUCUCCGCGUUCCUGCCGUCUCUCAACCUGGCCCCCAGGCUGUCGGUGCCCAACCCCUGGAUCCGCUCCUACUCGCUGGCAGGAAAAGAGGAGUGGGAGGUGAAUCCGCUUUACUGCGACACCGUGAAGCAGAUCUACCCGUACAACAGUAGCAACCGUCUCCUCAACAUCAUCGACAUGGCCAUCUUCGACUUCCUGAUAGGAAAUAUGGACCGGCACCAUUAUGAGAUGUUCACCAAAUUCGGGGACGAUGGGUUCCUCAUUCACCUUGACAAUGCCAGAGGGUUUGGACGACACUCCCAGGACGAACUCUCCAUCCUGUCGCCGCUGUCCCAGUGUUGCAGGAUAAAAAAGAAAACGCUUUUGCACCUGCAGCUGCUGGCCCAGGCCGACUAUAGACUCAGUGACGUGAUGCGGGAGUCUUUGCUAGAAGACCAGCUCAGCCCCGUCCUCACCGAACCCCACCUCCUGGCCCUGGACCGGAGACUCCAAAUCAUCCUGCAGACAGUGGAGGGGUGCGUGGAGGCCCACGGAGAGCAGAAUGUCAUAGCCACGGACCCAGCAGAACAGUCCGCCCCAGACUCUAGCCAGGCUAACUUGACAAGCUAAGGGCUGGAUGAAGCCAGAUUUCAGGAACUACCCGUGGAGCCAGAGGUGGACUUGGGUGCGGACCACUGCUUCCUCGCAUCCCCGUCAAGGCUGGAGGGGCUGGGUCAUGAGCUCUGGAAGAGGCAGGGCACUGGGAUGAUUCCACAAGAGCAAAAGAGGAGGGACCCACUGAACUUUCUUCCUUGGUGCACGGCUUCUCUAGUGGACCUCCUUGCCACCCCCCCUUCCCAGAAAGCACUGCUUCAGCAAGGCCACAGACCAUCUCCUGAGCCCACUGGGAAAUCUGGAUUAGGAGCCGGGCUUGGAAGGUUUGGGAGCCUUGUCCCAGG